UUUAUUUUAUUGUAAGUAAACCUAAAAGAAAAAAGAAAAAUUCCGUUAAAAGUUGGCAUUAGCAAAAAUAGCAUCCAAAUAUAGCCAGAACUAAAUAUUUAAAAAUAAAUAAAUAAAUAAAUCAAUAGUUCCUAUGUAAUAGGACUAAAUAAUAAAUCCUCUAGCAGCUGCGGUUUAUAAAUUGAGACCCUCCCUCUCUCUCUCCCUCCAGCCUUAAGUGGGUCUUGCUCGUUCCUCGCAGUCUCAUCAUACCAGCAACAGCAACAGCAACAGCAACAGACACACAUAGACAUACACGUACAUACACAGAGACACGCCGACUUCCCAUUUCUUUUUCUUUCUUUCUGUUUUCAACUUUAAAUGUAUUAUAGAGAACCUCAUUUUUCUCGUGAUUAUUCUUCUUCUUCUUCUCCUCCUUCUUCUGUCUCUCUCUCUGAAAUCACAAAGUGCAGACUUACGGUUAGCCUCCUUCCCAACUUGCAUCCGUUCUUUUCCUAUUUUAUAACGUCACGGACGGGCAGAUUCGAUUCGAUUCGAUUGACCUCUCGAACUCUCUAAUCACUGAAAUGCAAAUGCGUGCAUUAUAUAUCCAUAUGAAUUUGGAGACUUGUAUUAUCAUAUAGAUUGAAGUUCUGGAUUAAACUUUCAUUAAUCAAUUAAAUUAAAGGAAAGUAAGAAUAAGAAUAUGGUGGACGACAGAGAGAGACCGGAGAGGAGGAGAGAAGAUGAGGAGGAUUCGGAUGAUAAUGAUGGCAAGUAUGAGAUACGAGAUGUAAGAGAGAGAAUCAAAUCUUCAAGAGGAAGUAGAUUCAAUCUGAUAGAGAACGAGUUCGGUCUUGACUCGUCCACGAAUCGGAGAAAGUUCAGUCGUGAAUCGGUCAUCAAUGGCAUUCGUAACGUCUCCAAAGGUCUCGUUAUCCAUCCCGAUAACAGAUGGUAUAGGGCAUGGACGAAAUUUAUACUUUUAUGGGCAGUGUACUCGUCCUUCUUUACACCCAUGGAGUUUGGUUUCUUCAGAGGAUUACCUGAGAACCUCUUUAUACUUGACAUCAUUGGACAAAUAGCUUUCCUUUUUGAUAUCGUUUUACAAUUCUUCACUGCCUACAGAGACAGCCAGACAUAUCGUAUAGUCUAUAAACGCACUCCUAUUGCUCUGCGUUACUUGAAAACUCAUUUUUUCAUUGAUUUGCUUGCUUGCAUGCCUUGGGACCUGAUCUACAAGGCUUGUGGACAUAAAGAAGAAGUGAGGUAUCUUUUGUGGAUUAGGCUAAGUCGAGUGCGCAAAGUUACUAACUUUUUUCAAACAAUGGAGAAGGAUAUACGAAUCAAUUACCUCUUUACCAGGAUUAUAAAGCUUACUGUUGUAGAACUCUAUUGUACACACACGGCAGCCUGCAUCUUUUAUUAUUUAGCUACCACUCUGCCAUCUUCUGAAGAGGGUUAUACAUGGAUCGGAAGCUUAAAGAUGGGCGAUUACAGUUAUUCACACUUCAGAGACAUUGAUAUCUGGAAGCGAUACAUAACAUCUUUAUAUUUCGCUGUUGUUACUAUGGCCACUGUUGGGUAUGGAGAUAUACAUGCUGUAAAUCUGAGGGAAAUGAUAUUUGUAAUGAUAUAUGUGUCGUUUGACAUGGUUCUUGGUGCUUAUCUGAUUGGUAACAUGACAGCGCUAAUUGUAAAAGGAUCAAAGACAGAAAAGUUCAGAGAUAAAAUGACAGAUCUCAUUAAAUAUAUGAACAGAAAUAGACUCGGAAGGGAUAUUCGUAAUCAGAUCAAAGGACAUGUGCGCUUACAGUAUGAAAGCAGCUAUACUGAAGCUUCUGUUCUUCAGGAAAUUCCUAUCUCCAUUCGUGCUAAGAUUUCUCAGACUUUAUACAUGCCAUAUAUUGAAAAAGUUCCCUUGUUCAAAGAAUGCUCUGCAGAAUUCAUCAAUCAGAUUGUUAUUAGACUUCAUGAAGAGUUUUUUCUUCCAGGAGAAGUAAUUAUGGAGCAAGGGAAUGCUGUAGAUCAACUUUAUUUUGUCUGUCAUGGUGUGCUGGAGAUGGUUGCCACGAGUGAAGAUGGAUCAGAAGAGACUGCCUCGCUUUUACAACCUAACAGCUCGUUCGGAGAAAUUUCCAUCCUUUGUAACAUACCUCAGCCAUAUACCAUUCGUGUUUGUGAAUUAUGCCGGCUUUUAAGAAUUGACAAACAAUCUUUCUCAAAUAUACUCGAGAUAUAUUUUUAUGAUGGACGUAAAAUAGUGAACAACAUUUUUGAGGGAAAAGAAUCCAGUCUUCGAGACAAGCAACUGGAAUCGGACAUUACAUUUCACAUUGGAAAGCAAGAAGCUGAACUUGCAUUGAGGGUGAAUAGUGCAGCUUAUCAUGGAGAUCUUUAUCAGCUCAAAGGUUUUGUCCGAGCAGGAGCUGAUCCUAACAGAACAGAUUAUGAUGGCAGAUCACCCUUGCAUCUUGCAGCAUCUAGAGGUUAUGAAGAUAUUGCAUGUUUCCUCAUUCAAGAGGGAGUUGAUAUUAACAUCAAAGAUAAAUUUGGUAAUACGCCCUUACUGGAAGCCAUCAAGAGCGGACAUGAUCAUGUUGCAUCUUUACUCGUUAAAGAAGGGGCUGAAUUGAGAAUGGACGAUGCUGGUAGUUUUCUUUGUUCAACUGUUUUAAAGGGAGAUUCUGAUCUUCUGAGAAGGAUUUUGUCCAAUGGCAUUAAUCCAAACUCCAAGGACUAUGACCAUCGGACCCCACUUCAUGUAGCUGCUUCAGAAGGACUAUAUAUGAUGGCAAAGUUGCUGUUAGAAGCUGGAGCUAGUGUUUGUUCAAAGGACAGAUGGGGAAAAACUCCACUUGAUGAAGGUCGGAUAUCUGGAAACAAGAAUUUGAUCAAGCUACUAGAAGAUGCAAAAUCUACCCAGCUAUCGGAAUUCCUUCCUCACACUCAAGAACUUACAGAUAAAAUACAACGGAGGAAAUGCACAAUUUUCCCUUUCCAUCCAUGGGAUCCUAAAGAACAAAAAAGACCAGGAAUAGUGUUAUGGGUUCCGCAGACCAUGGAAGAGCUUAUAAAAGCAGCAGCAGAGCAACUAAAUCUUCCAGAUGACUCUUUUAUGCUAUCCAAAGAUGGAGGUAAAAUUCUUGAUGUAGACAUGGUUGAUGAUGGACAGAUGUUGUAUUUAAUCAGUGAAACACAUUUGUCAUGAGAACUUGCACUGUUUGUGAUGUAUUGUAGCAUAGCCUUGUACCAUAUCUGUAUCCAAUUGCAUAUGCAAAGCAGCCUACUCUGCAUUUCUAGAGCCAUUCAUCAUGCUAAUACAUGAGCAUUUAUAUGUAGCAUUUGCCGGAAAAGUUUCUACUCGUGUAAUCUUGCGGCUGUCAGCUUGAAUCAAAGUUUGGAGUUUGUUUUUGUUGGAAUGUUAGAUUUAGUUGAGAUUUGUGGUUUAAUUAAAAAGGAGUGGAACUCCUUGUUUUAAGGAAACAAGUUAAGAGAGUCAAAAAGUAAUGGUGAACCAUACUUGUUAGAAAGCCAAAGUGUGGCUUGUGUUAUUGGUUUGGCUCUAUACAAAGAGCAUGGGAUGUAAAGUUUCGGUGUGUACAUGAAAAGCAAACGGAUAUGAAGAAGAAAAAUAGAAAAAAAGUGUUUUCAUGUUAUGAAAUGCUGUGUUUUUAAGCUUUACUUUUCUGUUUAUAUAAUGUUAUGUUUCUUAAAUGUUCAUUUUCUUCUUCUUCAUAAACCCAACAGUUUUUGAGCCUGAACCUCUGUGUAAUACUAUCCGUCUAUUUGAGAAGUCACCACCAUUAUUAUAACCCUCUAAUUAUACGAUUUGAUUAUAUCCACUUGAGUUUCUUGAGAAAUUUUUUGUUUAUUUUAGACUAUUCUCAUGGAUCAAGGUACUGAAGCGAUCAUUUAUGUUGAAACACAAAACAGAACCUAGUUGUUAGCCUUAUGGAAAUUUUGCAGGGAUAAGAUUCAAUUUAUAUGAAUUUCAAAAAAGGACAUUCCAUUACCUCUUCUUUAGAUCUAGUUUCCUGCAAUCAUGCUACUACUGGGUGUGUGCAAUGUAUAUCCUCUGUAUGCCUGUGUGCAGGCUGCAAUUGUUAAAUGGUAUCAAGAUAUAUCUACUGCAAUUACCUCUUUAGAAGUAAAGAAGUCUUGAGUGAAAUUCUUGCCUGGUAGAUUCUUGAUUGCACAAAUUAUUCUUUUAGCAAGUCAGCUUCUGAUCUCUUGUUUUACUUAGCAACUACUCAACUACUGGGCUACUUGGCCAUAGACACACACUUGUAUGUAUGUAUACAAGUCUCAGCAACUAUGUUAACCUAAACCCAUCUCUGGGCUUGAAAAUUACAUAUAAGAAACAAAGAAAAUAACACAAUGGAGGCUAACAUAGCUCCAAUACCAUUAUCAAUAUCUGAUCAUAUGAGACACAAUCAAAAUUAAGCUCCACGGAUCUGUU